GCCAAACCGGUCCGACUCGGCCGACGGGAAGGAGCCAAGACGCCGGCAGUUUUCUGGGUCUGCCUCAUCCGGGCGACAUGGCGGUGGACAUGAGCAAAAACGGCGCUGAGCUGAAGGCGGCCUACCAGGACGUGCUGGACGGACGCUCUGCCAUAGACUGGGUUUUGUUCACCUACGAGGGCAACAGCAACACCAUGCGCCUGGCGGCAAAAGGAGACGGCAGUCUGCAGGAGAUGUUGGAGGAGCUGAACAGCGGCAAGGUGAUGUACGCCUUCUGCCGAGUGCGAGAGCCCAACUCGGGCCUGCCCAAGUACGUGCUGAUCAACUGGACAGGCGAAGGUGUGAAGGAGGCGCGCAAAGGACUGUGCGCCAAUCACUUGGGGACGGUGGCCAACUUCCUGAAGGGCGCCCACGUGACCAUCAACGCUCGCGACGAGGACGACGUGGACCCUGACGUCAUUCUGUCCAAAGUGUCCAAAGCGUCGGGGGCCAACUACAACUUUGGCAAGGCCUCGCAGUCCGCCGGGGACUUCCCCCGUGGAGCCGUAGGUUCCGUUUAUUGCAAAACAAACGCCGUGGACGAAAUGCUGCAAAUCAACAAAGAUUCUUUUUGGAGCCAAGCGCAGAGGGAGGAGGAGGCGCGGCGCCAGGAGGAGGUGAAGAAGGCGCAGCUCCAGAGGCAAGCGGUCGAGCAGGAGCGCCGCGACUUGGAGGACAAACUCGCCCGGGAAAGAGAGAUCAAAACGCAGCAGCGAAACAUGACCAUCGACCACAACAGACUACAGCAGAAGCAGCGAGAAGGAGAAGAGCGGGAGAAAGAACAGCAGCAAAGGAAGCUCCAGGCGCCGGACGCGGAGACGAAGCGGGCCAGCUCGGCGCGCGCCGCCAACGAGGCCGAGGCCUUGAUCUCGCAGCGCUCCUUCAACCCUCGCGACGUCUUCAAGCAGCGGGAGACCGCCGUGGCGCCCGCCUACGGAGGCUCCGCCCCCAGAACGGGGAAGCUGCAAAGCCCCUUUUUGUGCCAGCGGGCUUCGGACAGCCCUCCGGCUCCCCCCGGCCACCGAGCCUUCCAACCCCCGGAGCCCGCCUCCGUCUCGCCGCCGGAGUCUCCGUCCGCCCGGAAUCCCUUCCAGCCCGUCCAGCUUCCCGCCAGUCCCCAAAGCCAUCCGUUCUGGCCUCGUCCCGACACGAGCGACGACUUCCUCGGGCGCCCGGGAGCGGUCGCCGCCACUGCCUCCUCGCCUGGCGGAGCGGCCGCCCGGCCUGCAGCGGAGGACGACGAUUGGUCGGACGAAUUUGACGAAGACCUGUACGAGGCGCCGCCGGGCGACCAGCGGCUCAGGUCGCUCGCAGAUGCCAUGUUUCCGACGGACGCGCGAGACGACGAGUACGCGGUGCCGCUGCCCGUGGGCGGGGAUGCAAGCACGGGCCAGGAUGCCACCGACGCGGGAAUGAACGUCUGCGCCAGAGCCGUGUACGACUACCAGGCCGCCGACGACACGGAGAUCACCUUCGACCCCGACGACAUCAUCACGGGCAUCGAGAUGGUGGACGAAGGCUGGUGGCGAGGUUUCGGCCCCGACGGCCGUUUCGGCAUGUUCCCCGCCAAUUAUGUGGAACUGGUGUGAUCCCGCUUGGGUUGCGUCUGCGGCGAGCUGCUCGAUAGCACGGCGCAAGUCCAAACGUUCCCUUCCCGCAUGUUCUUCUAGCUAGCGCUGACUGCAUAGGUGCUAAACGCAAGGGGGCAGCCAGCCAGGGCCCCGGCCGGCCGCAUCAUUUUAUGGGGGCCGCCAAGACAAAUUUUGCAUUGACUUUGCGUUAUUACUAAAAUGACAAAUGUCUUCACAAAACAAAAACAAACGAGAGACAUUGCUGGCAAUUAGCAUUUGUCCUCGGAAAUGUUUUUACUAGUAUGUAUGGGGAAGACGUUGCCAGUCAUAAUGGCCCUCCGAGGGCAACUAUGGCAAAAAUGAGUUGGACAACCCUGGCUUACUGUGUCAAAAGCAGCUUUUGCGAUCGUAGCUUAUACUUAACACCAGAUUCUUUUUGUUUUCAAUCCAUUUGACAAAGGAACAAAUACAUUCUAAUCAAAGGAAA